UUGAUCUGUUAGUGAACAAAGAAGAAGAGCUGCACCAUACACGAGUUUCUUCUGUUAGUUGAGCUGAAGUCCACUCACUAACUAAAGUAACUAACCGUUUACAAAUGUAUACUCUGUCUUAAAUGCAUGCAUCUCGCUGCUUGACAAAAGUUGAAAACAUAUGUUGAAAAAAUUGACUUAAAAUGAGAAAAUUAAUCUUAGGAAUUGGCGGGAUGACAAAUGGAGGAAAGACGACUCUGAGUAAAAGUCUCCAGGAGCUUCUGCAAGACAGCUGUGUUAUUUCUCAAGACAACUUCUUCAAGGAUGACUCAGUGGUCCCUGUUGAUGUCAAUGGCUUUAAGCAAUACGACACUUUGGACGCCCUGCACAUGGACAGGAUGAUGGCAGACACGGGCUUGUGGCAGGAGGAUCCUCAGAGCUUCAUGACAUCUCGUGGUCUCGCAGUGAAAUCCACAGCAUCAGAGCCAUCCAAUAUGAAAGAUGAAGAGGAAGUCAUACAGGUGAAGGUUUUUGGACAGUUGCUGUGGUUUGAAAGGCCACUUAAUAGCUUGUUCAACAAGAGGUACUUCCUGCAGAUCCCUUAUGAGACAUGUAGAGAGAGAAGAAGCUCAAGAGUCUAUGUGCCUCCGGAUCCACCAGGCUACUUUGAUGGAUAUGUCUGGCCCAUGUACUUAAAAAACAGAAAAGCGAUGGAAGAAACUGUAAAUGACAUAGUGUUUCUGGAUGGCACACAGAAGAGAGAGAUGUUGCUCUCAACUGUGCUUGCAGACAUUCAGGAGAUGCUUAUGGCUAUACAGAGAUGAGUUGUCAGAUUUUGAGGACCAACGUUUCCAGCUGUCGGUUUCUGCAAGUAUACUAUCAGAAUCAGAAUUAUGAGGAGCUUUAAUUCCAAAUAUGUUUACUCACUCAAGGAAUUUGACUUCGCGAACAAGAGAUUCCAAUGCAGAAGAAAGUACACACAUAGUGCAAACAUAGAUGUUAGUGCAGAUAUACAUAGAAUCACACAGUAAAGACAAAAAACAGCACAAAAAACUGAAAAUAAGUAAUGCACUAUAUAUAGAAAUAUAGAGAAAAACAUAUUUUUAAAUGAAUGUACAGAAAUGUUAUUAACAAGUGUACCGUGUAUACAAUAUACAGUUUCCAAAUACCAUGUAUAAAAGUGUUUGUUAUGAUG